GUUUCGGGGGACAAACGUUUUUAAAAUGAACUAAUUGAAUACAUUCCCGAAGAGGAUCAGCAAAACAAUUAUUCUUCCUUUUAUAAAUAAUAAAAACAGAAUGGACCCUCAGUCUACAGUUUCCUUUAUUUUUAUUUUGACCCUCUUCACUCGCCGUAUGACAGCACUCUUGUGUAGUUAGCAGUCAGCUUCUGGCUAACUGUCAGAACCCGGUCCGAACCCGUCAGAACCCGGUCAGAACCCGGUCAGAACCCGGUCCCUGUGUACCGAGAGCGGGAAAGCUGCAGGAGGAAGGAGCUGCAGGGAGAAGGAGCUGCAGGGAGAAGGAGCUGCUGGACUCAGACAUGGCGACAGAGGAGAAGAAACCAGAGACAGACACCUUAAAGCAGUCCUCCAGCAGCAAGUCUAACGCGGCCAAACCGAACUACACCGUGAAGUUUACUCUGGCCGGACACACCAAGGCCGUCUCCUCCGUCAAAUUCAGCCCCAACGGAGAGUGGCUGGCCAGCUCCUCGGCCGAUAAACUGAUAAAGAUUUGGGGAGCGUUCGACGGAAAGUUUGAGAAAUCCAUCGUCGGACACAAACUGGGGAUCUCCGAUGUCUCCUGGUCUUCAGACUCCACCCUGCUGGUUUCUGCGUCCGACGACAAAACACUCAAGAUCUGGGACCACAGCUCUGGGAAGUGUCUGAAGACCCUGAAGGGCCACAGUAACUACGUCUUCUGCUGCAACUUCAACCCUCAGUCCAACCUGGUGGUGUCUGGAUCGUUUGAUGAGAGCGUUCGCAUCUGGGACGUGAAGACGGGGAAAUGUCUGAAGACUCUGCCGGCUCACUCCGACCCCGUCUCUGCUGUUCACUUCAACAGAGACGGCUCGCUCAUCGUCUCCAGCAGCUACGACGGCCUCUGUCGCAUCUGGGACACGGCGUCCGGACAGUGUCUGAAGACCCUGAUCGAUGACGACAAUCCCCCGGUGUCUUUUGUUAAGUUUUCUCCAAAUGGAAAAUACAUCCUGGCUGCGACUCUGGACAACACAUUAAAGCUCUGGGACUACAGCAAAGGAAAGUGUCUGAAGACAUAUAACGGACACAAGAACGAGAAAUACUGCAUCUUCGCCAACUUCUCCGUCACAGGAGGGAAGUGGAUCGUUGCGGGAUCAGAGGACAGCUCGGUUUACAUCUGGAACCUGCAGACCAAAGAGGUCGUUCAGAAGCUGCAAGGACACACAGACGUGGUGAUCUCCACCGCCUGCCACCCGACAGAAAACAUCAUUGCUUCAGCCGCGCUGGAAAACGACAAAACCAUCAAACUGUGGAGGAGUGACUGUUAGACGAAUCCAGAUCCAGACCCUGACCCUGAACCAGAACCAGAACCUGAUCCAGAAGCUGACCCUGAACCAGAACCAGAACCUGAUCCAGAAGCUGAUCCAGACCCUGAACCAGAACCAGACCCUGAUCCAGACCCUGACCCUGAUCCAGAAGCUGAUCCAGAUCCAGACCCUGAACCAGAACCCAUUGUCACUGAGAUCCACCGUCCCGUCUUCUCUCCACAAAGCAAAGGGAGGUUUGUUGGAACAAAGCUCCAGCUGAAACUAGUUUGUUUUAGUUUGAAGAGACUUCCUCUGAAAGACUUUGAAACUAAAGCCACAUCGUUCUUGAUGUUGCUGUUGGUGAAUUAAUUUAUAUUUGAUGACAGUUGUGAGAUAUUGGUCUUUGUGUGCUUGUUUAUUGAAGACUGUAAUUUAUGAAGAGACCUUAUUUGAUUUCUCGAACAGAAUCUUUUGUUUGUUCCUAAAAUAUAAAUAAAUAUUAUGUUUGAAUUAUU